AUGGUACGCCUUAUCAUGACGCCUUCUAUUGUGAAGGGUCUGAAUCUUCUGCACAACCACGAUGGUCUUCGAGAGACGCAUGAAGAACCGACGGCCGGACCCCAGACCCAAAUAGCCAUCGAUGCAGAACCGUCGCUGAAGGAUCCUCAGCCUGGAAACCCCAUCACACAUGCCCAGGUUCUCCGUCUGUGGAAGGAGCUGAAGGGUGGAAGCCAUCAAGGUUUCUCGCUGGAGAGUCUUCUGCAAGGAUCGCAAGUCUACAGCCCACCCCCACCACCAAAACCAGAACCGUCGCCAGAGUACAAGGCCCUCAUGGCGCGCCUCCGUCGGGACGAGGAGCAACGCACGUACGAGCGCAUGCUCAAGCAACCGUCCCGAAUGCAGGCCUUCUCGCAGCAGUUCCCAACCGCCCUCUCGACCGUGCAAGGGUUCGCCGAAGUCAACCGACCAAUCGACAAGUCAGACGAAGGCGACAACGAGGUGACAUUCGAAGAGGUUCACCGUCAGGUUAUGCUCAUCUUUAACUUUAUGGUCAGCAUCCUGGGUGUCGCCGGCACAAUCUGGGUCGUUGCGCGAUGGUGGAGUACCCCUGCGCGACUCUUCGUCACCAUGGGCGGUGCUCUCGUGGUGGGCAUCGCCGAAGUCGCCGUCUAUUCUGGCUACAUAUGGCGCAUGGGCGAGGCGAAGAAGCAGCAGGCGAAGGUGAAAGAGAUCAGGGAGGUGGUGCAAACCUGGGAGGUUAUGGCAGAACCAGGAGAAAAGGCAUCAGAGGGCGCGUCAACAGCGGAGAUGAUUUCACUGGACACGAAAAGAGAACAUGAUGCUGCUGACGAGGGCAUACGACGACGGCUGAAGGGCGAAAACUAG